GGAGGAGUCGCAAAGAGGUGGUUGCUUCCGGGUCAUGCUGCAGAUUUUCCCAAAUAAACAUAACGUUGUAGCGAAAUAAACACGCAAAUAUUUCAUGAUCUUCUGAGUAGGGGCACACAAAGACCUUCUCAGGGAUGAGAAUUUCGGGAUGGCAGAGAGACAGGACAAUGAAGUGGAGGAGGCAGGGCAGGUUUACCUGCUGAUGAAGGAGGAGUAUCGGAUCUCCCGAAACGUCCGGUUAGCCUGGUUCCUGAGCAACCUCAACCAGGUCAUUCGCCCCACACUCAAGGCUGAUCUGUUAAACUCUGAGAAUGAGCUGGAUGUACUGAGUAUCCUCCCCAAGGGCUGGCAGCCAGAUGAACUCCCUUCAGCACAGCCCUACCAGCUGGUACCGUCUACCCGGGUCACGUUCCUGGCAAGGCGGUACCGCUUCAUUAUCGAGCUGGACCUGAGCCCCUCCACUGGGAUUGUGGAUGAUUGUACUGGUGAGAUGAUAUUUGAUGAGGUGUUCCAUGCACUCUCCAGGUGUUUAGCAGGACUGGGGAGACCCUUUAAAGUCCCUGGUACUGAUCUUAUGCUUCAGCCGGAGAUCUUCAUUACUAUCCAGGCUUACUCCUCUAUUAUUGGGCUCCAGUCUCACCAAGUGUUAGUGCAGGGCUGCCAGCUAGAUCGGACCGACCUGGAUCAGUUCCUGCUGCAGAUUUACCAGCAGCUGCGCUCUGUGGAGAACAACAUCGCAGAGGUGCUGCAGCAGCAAUACCGGGCUCGAGGACAGUAUGACGGAACCAUUUUGUCCUCUGGUCUGAACGAUGUAAUGGAGGACCCGCCGCACAGGAAGCUGGGUGUUUCCAUGGUGACGGCUGAUGUGGGGCUGGUUUGUAUGAUCCGCCAGGGAAUCCUAGCUCUGCAGCUGCUGCCCCCAAACUCCAGUGCAGGUAUAAUAAUCAUCACAGACGGAGUCACAAGCAUGCCUGACGGUGCUGUUUGUGAGACUCUUCUGAACCAGCUGCGAAGUGGCACUGUCGCCUGCUCUUUCAUCCAGGUUGGAGGCGCCUAUUCCUAUGACUGCAGCUUUGGAUACAUCCCCAAUGUGGAGCUCAUGAAGUUUGUCUCCAUGGCAACGUUUGGAUCUUACAUGUCCACCUGUCCUGAACUGGAUGUUUCAAUUCAAGACAUGAAUGCUUAUCACAAGGCUUUCCUGAUGUAUUCCUUCUUAAAAACGGGAGAGUCCAUGAACCCAGAGUACUACUGUGUUUCCCAGCACAAGCUCUUUAAUGAGCACCUGGUAUCAGCAAGUGGGAACCCAGCCCUGGCCAUGCGGAGGAAGAAGCACACAGAGAAGGAGGUUCAUGCCCAGCUGGUCAGCGUAGUGUCAGUGCGGCUCCGGGAGGGCUACAGCGUCCGCGAGAUCAACCUCACCAAAGGUGGCACCCAGCUGGAGGUGAAGCUGGUGCUUAUAUGGAAGCACAACAUGCGGAUCGAGUAUCUAGUCGUGGCACCCUGGCCGUUGGACCCUGUGAAACGCAGCACGUGGGUGGAGGUAACGAUGGAAGGGAGCUAUGACAUCCUGCAUGACAUAAGCUGCACGAUGAGGAAACCCAUCUCCAGCCCCUACCGAACCUCUGUCAUCCGCCGCUUCUGGAACACUCUGCAGAGUAUAAAUCAGACUGACCAAAUGCUGAUGCUCCUGCAAUCCUUUAAUUCGAUUCCUGAGCACUACACAAUCCCGGAGAGCACCAAGAAUGGGGUUCCCCUCUUCUACAUCCCGCCCGGGUCCACUACUCCAGUUCUGUCUCUCCAGCACAGCGGUUCCAAGGACUCCAGUCACUCCCAGUUCGCUUCGUACUGGAAGCCCAUCCUUUCCAUGGAUGCCAACUUCUGGCAAAGGUGGCUCCACAUGCAUCGCAUUGCAAUCAUCUUGGAGCAUGACAUCCCUGUUCCCAAGCACCUACACACUCCAGGAAAUAAUGGGCGCUACAGCACCAUUCAGUGCCGCAUCUCUCACUCCGCACUCACCUCCUUGCUCCGGGACUGGAGCAGCUUUGUCCUGGUGGAGGGCUAUUCCUACGUCAAACUCUUAUACAGUGCCCCUGAUCAGCCCCCUACCUCCUUUUACCUUCUCCGCCUGAUUUCCAAGGCUCCGUGCAUGGUAUUGAGACUGGGGUUUCCCAUUGGAACUCUGGCUCACACCAGAAACAAGAUCGUGGAUGCUCUUCGGGACCAGAUUCUUCAGCUGCGAUUCCCACACAGAGUGCAGAGCAAGGAGGCCACCCCCAAGGUGAAGCGAAAGAUCCUGGGAAACACUUCCCCGUCUAAAUUACCCCCUACGCAGCCAUCGCUGUCGGACAGGCCCUGCGUCGUCGUGCUGAACAAACCUCUGGAGAAGCUUCUCAUUAGGUAUGAAAAUCUUCCUUCGGACUACCGGACCCCGUUUAUCCUGAACAUGGAGAAUUUUGCACAGACGCCCACAGUGUCGGCACCUCUCACCAUGGCAGCCAGUCGCACGGCUUCCUCCACCCUGGCCUCCCUCUCUCGCUAUUUCUACCACCAGCGCUGGGUGUGGGCAGUGCAGUCGGGGCUUGGUCUCCCUGUGCCGCUGCCUGCCAUGGCACAGAUUCUCUCCAUACUCUCUGAAAUCCGUCUGGCUGAAGGGUUUCAUUUUGCGGCCAGUGGAGAAGGAAUUGUCAACAUGGUGACGGAGCUGCCGAUGAAGAACACGUCUGGUGAUGGGGAUGGCGAGACCCACACCUGCAUCGUACAGUACACCCUUUUCCCACCCCACUCAACCUCCACCAAGGACAGCUUCUCCACAGACGAUGACAAUGACACAGAGGUGGAGGCAAUAGAGAUGGACGCCGAACUGAACCUGGUGACUGAGUGCUGGGUGGAGCCUCAGAGCGGCAGCGUUUUCACCACCUCUGAGAAUUGCAGUUACCUCCAAGGACUGCCCUACCAGGAGAUACCACAAGCGAUUUUCCCUGGGGACAUGGCGUGUAUGUCCACAAUGCUGACCUUUGAGUAUCUGAUCCAGCUGUGUCAGAAUAAGGACCACAUCUCUCCCAUUGGUGGGGUAAAGGGGGCUGGGGCAGGUGACUACAUCCACAGCAGCGACUGUAUCCACACUGUUCCCUUCCAGUUUGAUCUAAUGAAACUUCUACCAAAGUGCCAGCAGAUAGAGAUCUUUUUCCUGACUUUCAGUAGAGUGGAAGAGGAAGAGGAAGAGGAAGAGGAAGAGGCGUCCCAAGGUUCAUCCUGCUUGCCCAACGAGCUGCUGCUGAAUCUUUUUCACGGAUGCCUUCAACAGGACCUGAACGACCGUGAAAUCCCAUUGGCUGAUUCCGACCAUGCGGCCUUCAUGCAGCAGAUCUUGCAGAGAGAUCGAGAUGGGCAUGUGGCUCCCUUUACACUGCCUGUCAUUAAAGAGGAGUGCUUGAAGUCAAGCAAGUCCCUGGAAAGACAGGAUACAGGGAUGUCUUUCCACACUGUUGGGAGCAGCAAGGAGGUCACGGGUUCAACCAGCACUCUGCAGAGUUUGGGAAAUUUAGAGCUGGCAGAUGAGGACACCAUCCAAGCUGCAAGCGAGACCCCAACCGCUCAGUGGAAAUGUUACGCCAAGUACAUCAAUUCACAGUUCUUCCUCACCUUCCUUCCAGCCACCUUUGCAGAUAUACAGAGGCUGAUGGCAUCAGGGCUGGACAGACCCCUGAACCACACAUCCCUGGGAGAGGAGGAAACCCAGCAGGUAGAACUGACCCAACAGAGUCCGAGUCACACCCUAUCAUUGGAAAAACAAUCGGUGAACCCAGACAUGGAGGCAGAGCUGGGAAUCAUCCCUUUAAAUAAUGGUUGCAGUGCGGAUCAGUUUAGCCCUGGGUCUGCAUUGCUCUCUCCUCUACAUGACAGCACCCCCAAGAGAAGCACGCCAGUACUGUCGCCAGCUCCGAGUGAGGGCUGGUCUGGUGGGGUGACGGAGCAGCAGGAUAACACAACACAAACUGCGGUAGAGGAGAGGGAAGGAGUUCAGUUUGCUGAGCCCCAGAAGAGAGAUGUCCACAUCUCGUUCAGUCGACAGAUGACGCAACUGGACGGGACCGACCACCACAGGCCACGCUGCCCCGUCUACAUCUAUAACUGUUCACUGGAGUCCCUGAGGGAGCAGCUGGUUCCUUCCCGUGGGGAGAGGCUGCCACGGGACAUCUUCUUCAGACCUCAAGAUGCUGGUUCCUGGGAGUUUUUACAGCAGAUGAAGUCCAGGUCCCUGUCUCAGGAGCGCAUCUCCAGCUCCUCUUGGGCUGACCUCCUGGCACACCCUCGCAAACAAAAGGAGCUCACUAGCUACUGCAGUCAGCUGCAGGAACACUACCAUCAGUGCUAUGUCAAAGGGGUGUUCUGCAGUCUGCAACAGUCCUAUAAUAUCAGCUCCCAGGACGUGCUGACGACAAUGGAUUACUGUGAGGAGUCCCUGCAGGAAAUCGACAUCAACCCCUUCCUGCAGACACUCUGCGGCCACAUCCGUGUUUUCAGGGAGCGUUACGAGCAGCAAGGGGCGACAGAGAACAUGGAGGGCAGGCCCACAACCACCUUCACCAUCGGCAUUGGAAAGACAGAGGAGGGAGCAGGGAGAGGGCCGCUCGCCUCCUCCUCAAGUGUGGAGACUGAAGACGCCAGUGAAGCAGAAUCUCGAGGCAAACCCUCCACACCCUCCUCCCCCAUUGCAUCUGCAGUCCAGAAAACCAAUAAGAUAUACCCCGAGUUCCCUCUUUCACUCUUGCAGACGCAGCAGAAAUGUGAAUAUUAUCCUGACUUGCAUAAAAUCAUCCAGGAAAAGUUUCUGGAAAUCGGUGCUCAAUACUUUAAGACCGUGCCUUCGAAUCCUCAUUACUUUUUCUACUGCCCCCCAUCUGCUAAGAAGGAGGUGGUGUCGGAUUGUGAAGAGGCUGACAGAAGACAGAGUGAGGAGAUUGAGGUGUCUGAGGCAGAACUAGCCACAGAGGAUGAGAAUGUGUCGGGGUGCUGCAUCGUGACAGAGAGCGACACAGACCUGGAGGUAGAGUACCGUGAACGUCUGAACCGCGAGUUCACUGACCAUGACUCCAACCAGGACGAGGACUCUUUCAGCAUCCUGGACGGCGACUCCCUCCUGGAGCCUGAGGGCCCCCAGCAGGAGAUGCCACCCCUGUUUGUGCACCUGACCUGUUCCAUUAGUGUCAAGAACUGCCACGGCUCCUUGCCCACACAGACACUGCCCACCUGCUUGGGGGAGGUAAUUGCCUGCUUGGAGAAUGCUGACUCCCUUCAGUCCAUCGACCUGAAUGAUCUGUCAGUCACGCUGGAUAUUUUUGUUCUGACUCUGCCGCUGAUCGAAGUCAUGACCUCAGACAUACAUCACAACAGAUAUACAUCGGAGAGCAGCAUAUCCUUGACCCGCUCCCCAGGCCAGCCUUCCUCCUACCGCUCCGAUGAAGAGCUCAUGCAGGAAGGGCUUCCUUCAGCAGGAGGGGAUGGGCUGACGAGUGGAGACCCCCUCUCCAAACUCCCAGACCCACACAGGCAGGCAGUGCUGGCCACCAUGGAUGAGAUCCGCUGGGUCCUGGAAGAUGAGAUCGUGUCUGCCCUGCGCCACUCCAAGAUCAUCAGCACCGCUACGCUGCAGAAAGUAGCGGAUCAUGUGUCCCGGUCCCCUGGCAGGCCACAGUGCCACUGCGAGGUUGUCCCUCUUCAGUUCGUCUUCGGGCUUGAGCAAUCGCUGGAGAAGUUUAAAGAGGAGUUCCGGAGAAUGUCCCUGUCUGGGUACCUACUGAACGAAGAAAAGGACAAUUUUUACUACGUGUCAGUGAGCCGGCUGCAUUCGCAGAGACUGGCAACGGUGAAGAAGCUUGCAGAGAGCAGUACGAGUGAAUCAUUGGGGCCGGGGGAGGAAUUAGACAGGACCUCUCAACAAGCCAGUCACACUGCAGAAUGUAAGGAAAUGUGCAAGGCCCACCAGCUGGCCAAUCAGAACACAGCAGGAAAGAUAGCUGUGUCACUGGACAGCGAUCCCGAGCUGGCGAGGAGAGAGGAGAACAUAGUGGCUUCAGCUGAGGAGAAAAAACCUGCUAGUGGAGUGGAUUCAGCGAAAGACCCAUUUCCAGAGGCUGUUUCUGAGACGACUGCAAGCGACAAAGCAAGCCAGCGGGAGAACGGGUCUCCCAUUUUGAAAGAUGAGGAGGGGAGCACCCCCUCUACCAGACCUGAGCCCUCCCAAACUAGCACUGACAUUACUCCAAGACCUGAACCAUCCCAAUCCAGUGCUCCCUGCCUGCAGCCAAGCAUUAGCAUGGACAAAGGAACAGAACAGAGUUCUCCCCCGAAAACCCCUUCGGCAGUGAGCCUGGCUGAGUCUGUGCUGACCACCACCCAGAGCAGUGGGCGGGUGCGGCCUAGUCGUGUACAGAGUGUGGUCUCCAGUCAGGGAAGUCUGGACUCUGACAUGCUGGGCUAUGAUGGUGGGAGCAGUGACUCGGAGUGUGAGGGGGCCACCAUGAAUGAACAGGACCCCCGUUGCCCCUUGAUGCCUGAUUUCUGGCUGAUCGUAAAGAUCCAUCAGGACAGAGUGGAGGUGCACUCUCACACUCGCUCUCUAAAUUCAGGGAAGGAUGAUGAUGAGGUGCCCCAGUAUCUCCAGCUACACCAGAUGGUUGUGAGAAAGAUUGGGGAGAUCUGCCGUGUUGUGAACCAGCGCUUGCUGCUUCAAGAUCUCCAUGACAGUCACAUCUGUAACUCUUUGCUGGUGGCAGAGAGUGAGGAAGACAUCUGGAAAAGUGAGAACCUGUACACCUACAGGAAGCAAACAGCCGCCACUGACGAUUAUUCAGCGGAUGAGAGUUACCAGCCUAGAGAUUACCUGGCAGCCACUAUGCAGUUCAUCCCAGGUCACUUUGCCUGCGAGGUUGUGUGGAGCACCAUCAUUUACAUUCACCCACGACUCAAAAUGGGGCCCAACAUGGGCGUCAGUCGAGCGAUCCAGGCUCUUCGCUCAGUGCUGAAUGCCUUCUGUGUUGUGAACAGGAAGAAUAUGUUUGUGUACCAGGAGCGCACUACCAAAUCUGUUUUCUACCUCAGGCUGUCGGAGACGGCGCUCAGUGGGAGGUUUUCAGAGUUGGAUGGCAACCCCCCACCUUCGUCUCGCUCGCUGGCUCUGACACGCAGCCAGGAGCCCCUCUACUCGGAAGAUCUCUCGGGCUCCCGAUUCUCCCUGGAGAUGAUCUCCCCCAGGAGUGUGGAGGGGUCCAGGCCCGUCGGACAGAUGGACAAACACAUCCUGCUGAUGGUGCAUGGAGUGGGGCAGGCUGGGCCAGAGAUCACAGACGAGCUGUUGAAGGUUCUUCGAAAGCGCUUGGACGAGGCGACGCUUGACAUUAUCACUGUGAUGUUAGUCAGGAACUGCAAACUGACACCUGCGGACGUGGAGUUCAUCCAGCCCCCUGGCUCCCCAGCUACUGAAGUGAUUGAGUUCACCCUCCCGCAAUACUCCCUGCCUUGGCUACAGGCUGUGGCUCACUACCUCCGGCAAAACCUGCUGAUCUUCCUGCAUAUCCCCAAGUACACUGACAGCAACAUGGAGCACCAUUUUAAGCACUAUUUUCUUCAAAGCAGCGGUUUGCCCGAUUCUGAUAUCUACCUCUAUAACAAGCCCGGAGGCCAGGGAACAGGGGGGAAAGGUACCAUGUCGGACCUCGUGCAACAUCUCUUCCCACCCUCCCAGUUCCAAGGGAUUGCCAGCAUCGCGCUCUCAUUUGUGGACUGCCAGGGCUGCCCACUGCAGGUGUCAAGGCACGACUUCAUGAAGCCAUUGAGGGGGGACACCUCCGGGAUCAUUCUGCAGGAGGAGGAGUUUGAAAGACUCACUGCUGUCAGCAAGAUCGACUCAGAGAGCCAGGAAACAGGCUCUUGGACUCGGGUUCGUUUCGAUGUCUGGGAGCAGGGGAAUGUCAGCCCCCUGCAACUUACUGAUAAGCUGCAGAGUGCUCUGCGCCAUGCCCUUUGUGAUGUCAUCAUGGAGUUCAGGGUGCUGCCCAAUCCCCUCUGCGUGGAAUCAUAUUUUCCAAUCACAGCCACCGACCACAUUGAUAGCACCAAUGGCCACCAAUCUCAGCUGCAGCCUGAAGGUAAAGACCAAGCCAGACCACCUGUCAGCAGUGGGAGAAAGAAGACCAUCCCAUCUCCCAUUGCUUUCAGCCCGGCACCCACACCAGCCCCUGCAGGCUCAGGGACCCCUGAAUCCACCACCCCCACUGGCAGGGCUGCACGCAGGAGCUUCUGGGACAUUCUGAGUAAGCCAGAACCCUCGGAGCUGGGGUCUCCUAAGACAACAGACGACAUUAUCUUGGAUCGGGCAGAAGACAGCCGAACAACCCGUCGACGACACAAAACCGAGAAUGUGAAGCAGCCCUGGAGCCAGGAGAGAGCAGCCGCUGCGGAAAUGGAACAGGCGCAGAGGCAAGCAGCCUCACAGAGGAAGCGUAUCACCCAACUAGAGGAGGGGGAGAUAGGUACCCUGCACACGCUUUUCCAGGGAACCUGCCAGCAGUGGGUGACAUUCAUGGGGCAGCUUGGGUGCCCGUCUAUCCAGCAGUGCUCAGCUGAGAUCGCCUCACAGUUUCUCUUGCCCUCAAUACUGACAGAGAUUGUGAAUCUGGUCAGCUCACUAGCCAAUGACACCUCAGUCAAGGUGUUUGAGAGAAUCAGUUGCCCCCAAGGAGAGACUUUCGUCCCCCUCUCUCUCAGCAAGCACUCCAGCACACCCCCUGCUACUGCAAGACAGUUCAUUCUCAUUGGACGGAACUUUCACCAAUGGCAUUUCAGUACUGAGCAAGAAGACAGCUCUGAUGAGGAAAGCACCCCACUGGUUAAUAGGUUCACACCUCAUAAGGGGUUCCAGCGUUUUGAGGCCCUGGAACUGAAUGAUUCCUGCAGCCCGGGGGUGUCUGGGAGAUGGGUUGCCCCACGCCAGAGAUUUGUCAUCAUCCAAAUCUUGGACAAAAAGCUGACUCUUUACAUGUACAACUGGUCUGUAGAUCUGGGAUCGUCUUUGAGUCGAGGGCUCACUCGGUUGGUCCAGUGGCAGAAUGCCCGUUCGCACGCCGUGCACUGUCUCCUCAGUCAGAAAAUGGGUCUCUUUCACCACUACUGCUUCUUAGACACCCCUGCUCACGAGGAUCUCAAACAGGAGCCCAAUCCCUUUCUGAGCUCGACACUGGAGGCCGACUCCCUGCUCCGGAGCCCUACUCCUCCCCCUAGCAAGGACCAGGGCCGGCUCAGCAGCUCAGGACGAGGCCUGCCCCCGCUCCACUUCCCCCCAGAGCUGGUCCCCUUUGACGAGGCUUUGAGGGACAUCACUGUGGGGAUACCCAUCAUGACUGAGCAGGACUCAGCAGGGAACACGGACACUGUCGCCCGACAUGGGUCCCAGCUGUUGGAGAUCAAGGCCAUGGAGCGCAGGGAAAUGGAAAAGCAGCUGAAGAUUGAGCACCUGUUUGUGACGUGGCAGCAGAGAUCAGCUCAGUCCAACAUGCCCAUCACAGCUGCUGACCUGGACACCCUGAAGCAGUCGUCACGCUUGGUCCAUUACUGUGCCACCCCCCUGCUGUUCGACCCUGUGUUCCGCAGACAAAUUCAGGAGGAGCUGACUGUCAACCCCCAGGGCAAGAAGCGACAUUGCUCCAGCGACUCGACUGCGUCUGGCCGGGACCGGAGCCACAGCUGUGACUCGGUGGAGAUGCUGCCCAGCAGGCUGAAGGAGGAGCCCUGGCUGCUUGAUAUCUCCAACACUUUCCUGCAGCAGUAUGUCCAGUACCUGCAGAGCAUGGGCUUCAUCCUGGUGCAGGUCCGACCACUCUCCCCGGCCAGGAGUAGCGCUAUUGCUCGUGCCCGAGCUGGGGCCAUCAGCUCUGUUUCUUCAGAGGGACGAACUUCCUUCUCUUACAACAAGCAGAAAAGUGAUGAGAGCCCGAAGCAGAGUGGUGGAUCAGGAGCCACCCCUUACCACCUCCAGCGGGCCCUACCUGGGGGGAUAGUGUUAAUGGAGCUGGCCUUUCAGGGAUGUUAUUUCUGUGUGAAGCAGUAUGCGUUGGAGUGUUCUCGGAUCCCAAUGGGACAGUCUGUAAAUUCACAGGGCUCCCUUGUCUCCAAACCUCGUAGCAAGCCGUUCCCCGAGGCCUCUUCCGUCUCAGAAUCAGCGCUCUCCAUGUUGUUCACAGAGGAGUGUGACAAGGUGCGAGACCUGAUGCACGUGCACUCGUUCAGCUACGAUUUCCACCUGCGUGUCGUUCACCAGUACCUGGUGGGCUGCCAGAUGACUCUGCGUCAGGGUUAUCAGCUCACCAGCUUCCUGGAGGACUUCAUCGCUCACCAUCCCGACAUCCCCAAGUUCGGGAGGAACCACGUCUUCCAGGGUGUCUUUUCCUUUCCAACGGGAGUGAUAACGGCACACCAGCUGUAUAACUACAUCACAGACCACGCAGGAACCUACAAUAUGAAACCACUGCGCAUGUCCAAGUCUGCACUGUCUGACGGCAGGAAGGGGACAGCGAAUGCUGAGCUUCAUGAAUAUGCACUGGUGGCGCUCUGGAACAGCUCUCGUUCCUACAAGGACUCAGAGGGCCUCCGACACCAUGAUGAUUUUGAUGUCUCUCUGCUAGUGUGUCAUAAUGCAGCACCUUUCGAGGAGCAGUCCGAAGGAGAACGAAAUCUUCUAAUGCUGCGUUACUAUGUGAUCAUGACAAGCCAGCGUGAGCUGUUCCCCCGCCUCACAGCAGACAUGCGGCGCUUCAAGAAGCUGCCUCAGAUUUACAGAGAGCACACAGAGCUGGGAAGCAAGCCUCCCAGAGAGCGUGCAGAGAGGGACGGGUCUAGGGAGGCAGAGCUGGACGUGUGGGUGGAGGGGGACAACUCGAGCGAGUUUUACUCAGGUGGGCCGCAAGUGACGAUGACGCCUGGACUGUUCUAUACCUCUCCUCUCUUCCCUCUUCUGGCCUCGGAGGUGACCUCUGCACGGAACCACAUCCUGAGAAGCGUGCAGCAGGCGAGGGGACACUGCCGACGGGAUAUCCUGUGGCGAAGGCUCUUCCAUGGGGAGCACCUGGCCUCGGACAAACUGAAACUGAGCAAACUGACCUUCACUGAGCUUGAGGAGCUGCUGGACGCUGUGCAGAGCCGUUCUGUGGGGGAUAUCGACGCUCAGCUGGAUUGUUUCCUGACGAUGGGCCCUGGCUGGUACCAGAGCCUCAUUAAGGUGUUGCUCACCCGAUUCCCACAGAGCUGCCGAUAUUUUGUGGAGAACGACAGCAGCAUACAGUACUUGGCUGUCCUGAACCAAAAAUUCACUGACUGCUUUGUUCUGGUCUUCCUUGAUUCCCAGGCUGGAAAAACAAGUUUUAAGGUGGUUUUCAGAGAGCCAUUGCCAGCCCAGCCUCAAACUAGCAACAGCCCAUUGCCACAGCUGGUCUCCAUGUACCACCAUCUGGAGUCGGUCAUCAAUACAGCCUGCUUCAAUCUCUGGACAGGGCUACUGUAGAGACUGAUCUGUAAUAUAGAUUGCUUCAAUCUUUAGACAAUACUGCUAUGGAAACUGGUGCAACCUACUGUCGGGACGGGGUCCAUAAUACAGACCGAAUGCUUCUUAAGGCUGUUCUAGAAGCACCAACGCAAACUGCCUUCUAUUAAACAUUUUUGUGCCAAUUAUAGCACAAGGCAGUCACCAUGUUUCUCCUGCCCAGGUUAUCUUGGCUAAACUGUUGACAGUCAUCAUUUGUCAAUAUGCCUUGCUAGAGGGAUGUGCACUGCUUGACCUCUGAAGCGGGAGCUGCUAUAGUAGUCCAUCACCUGUACGGUAUUUGGUGGUGGUCUGAAACACUAAUGUGGUGUGUUCUCUCUCUCUCUCUCUCUCUCUCUCUCUCUCUCUCUCUCUCUCUCUCUCUCUCUCUCUCUCUCUCUCUCUCUCUCUCUCUCUCUUCCUUUUUUUUUUUUUUUUUGGUGCCAAAAAUGAUUAUUUCUAUUCAGCACAAUAAACUGUUUUGGCUUCUGAUGCAGAAAGUUUCAUAUCUUUGUAAAGUAGAGGUUUUCUGCCAGUUCUAAACAUUAGAAUGCAGCUUUCAGCUCAGCUCUGUAUUCUUCAAGCCUCCACAUUGUAGAGUAACUAGAACAGUGAGCAUUCCCAUCAGCAUUGUUCACUGGGAUUGAGAAGGUUGACAGUUAAAUGGUUAAAAUUCUUAGAUAAAGCUGAAGUUUCCUCUCAGCAAGAAUUACAACUGGAGUUAGAGUAAGUAGCAGGGUGCUGAAAAAAUAUAUAAUCGCACCACACACGUCCCCAUGUGAUGCUACAAUUGUUUAAGUAACGUACCUGCAAUUUCUUUUCAUUGUUAACAUCCUGACGCCUUUUUACACUUUUAACUUUAAAGUCUGUUUCAAAGGAUUUUAGAUCUGUCCUCUAAAUCACUGCAGGAAGAGCGACCUUUAAAAAAAAAUAAAAUAAAAAAAAAAACAAGAAAGUGCUCUGGCUUUUGUGUUGCGUACCACAUGCAUCGUUAUAGCUGUGUUACCUGUUUGACGAUUUGUGGGUAAUAAUCCUUGCACUAUCAGUGCACUAGAGCUGACAUUUUGAAAUGAUCUUUGAAACAGACUUUUUAACGUUUAUAAGUGUAAAAAGUUGUCAGGAUGUUAAAAAAGAAAAAUUACAGGUACGCUAAAAUUAUACUGUCCCUAAAACAUUUUGCACGAUUUUCAUAUACAUUAAAAUCGGUUUCAUAGUGGGAUUCUAAACCUGUAAACCUCUGUCUGUUGAGCAAGCAUUCUGUCGCCUUAAGAACAAAAUCCACUUUGAUGUAUAAAUAGUUUGGAAAAAUGGGAAGGAUCCCAAUAGUUUAAGAGCCUUUGAUUAAUAAUUUCUCAUACUGUUUAACACUUCAGCGCUUCAUUACCUAAUUUCCAGACAGCCAACCUCUCUUCAUUUCAAAAGUGCCUGUGUUUAACAAUUCAGUUUGGAAGAGACAUCAUUAUUGUACUGACCUUGGAGUUGAAUCUUUGAAAACCCUAUUAAACUGCUGAUUUGAUUCAGUCUGUGUCGUUGCUAACACUGGUGUUCAGUAUUCCAGGAAGUGUCUGAGCCAGGACCCGCUCGCUAGAUGUGCUAGAGUUGCAAUUCUUGUCCUGCCACUGUAGUGUUCUUCCAUGACUGAUGCAGAACACACGCCAACACCAUUUUGCAGUUUGUCAUACAACAUUUGCAUGUUGUAAUCAAAAUUUCCCAUGGGUCACACUAAUUCAUAAAGAAGGAAACUGGUUUUCCUAACAGGUGUUAAGACUAUAAACUAUGAUACAUAAUUGUUCUGACUAGACUGGUCUGAUUUAAUCAAAGCAUGGCACUGUUUCUAAGCAAGACAAUGUUUAUAUGUUUUUUUGUUUAUCAUAUAUUAUUUACUUUAAAGUUGUCAACACUGGGCAUGUAAAAAAGAAAAUAUCUAUUGAUGUACUUAAAUUUAUUUGAAAAGAAACUUCUGAUUUGGAUGAUUACGAUAACUGUGGCUGGACAUAUGUUUUACAUGUAUAUUAUGUAUAUAUAAAUAAAUACAGAAUUAAACUUUACAGUCUAUUAAAUAACAAGUUA